AUGACUCUUUCACAAGACAAGCCAAAACACUUCCAAUUUGCAGCCCGCUCGACAUCGUCCCCCUGUACACCGCCGCCGCCGCCGAGUUGCUCCCCAUAUUUACCGACGGGAACGUCCAUAUCGGAUCUCCGCCGCCUGCCGCCGCCUGGUUCCCGCCGGAAUUCGCCACCAUCCAGAAAUUCGCCGGGAUCGACGCUAAGUAGCUCCCCAUCUGGUGGCCCGCCGCUGCCGGCGGCUGCGGCAGAAACUCCUGCUCCGCCCUCCUCUUCCUCCCAAAACCCUCCUCCGGAUAUCGAGUGUGGGGGAGGAGGAGGAGGAGGAAUUGUCGUUUUUGAGUUCAAGGAGUUGGAAGGGGAAGUUCGGGCGGCGGUGGUGGUGGAGGUGGUGGUGCUCGUCUCGGCCGCCUUCCAUGCUUCAACAAUAGAAGAGAGAGAAUUGGAGGGGAGAGAGAGAGAGAGAGAUGGGAUGACUCAUAAGAGAAGAGGACAAGCUUUAAGCAACAAAGAUAAUGAGUGGGAAUUAUUUGGGGGGUAA